AUGUCUACCUCGAUUUCAGCGGGGUUCGCACCGCCUCACGCCGUGGCCUUGUUGGUCGUCUACUGCCUCGUCUAUGUCAUCCCACUCUACUUCUCGGCGGCCACAAGGCCCUCGCCAACCCGCUCCAGGGAUGCCCCCGAGGCGAUCCGCGCACGCAUCUUUGUCGUCUCGCUGUCGACGGCCAUCUGCUCCCUCGUGACGCUGUACCUGCUCUCGUCCCACGCCGCCAUCGCCAUCCCCAACCCCUUGCAUUUCAUGGGCUACUGGCCCGUCGGCCUCGUCGACGCUGCCCGGGCCCUCUGGCUCACAGCCUUGCUCUUCGCCGGCCCCCUGUAUGAGUCGCUCAUCGUCGACGGAGCCGCCAGGCAAUGGCUUCAUCUCCAACCUCUCAGGGACCUCUGGACUGACUGGCCCACCUGGAGGAACAUGGUAGCGGGCCCAAUCACCGAAGAAUGUCUAUUCCGUUCAGCUGGAGUACCCCUACUCCUCCGUUCCGGAGCCAGCCUUACAGGCACCAUCUUCCUCUCACCUCUCAUCUUCGGACUGGCUCAUCUUCACCACUUUUAUGAGUUCCGAAUCACCCACCCUCAUACUCCUCUUCCCGUGGCCAUUCUCCGAUCCCUCUUCCAGCUGACUUACACCACACUAUUCGGUGCUUAUGCCACCUUCUUGUUCUUGAGGACCGGCAGUCUUCUGGCUGUUGUUCUUGUCCAUGCUUUCUGUAACUGCAUGGGCCUGCCUCGUUUCUGGGGCCAGGUUGACCCAUAUUGGCUAGCAGAAGAUGAUCCAGCUCGGAAGCGAUACACGGCCGUCUAUUACGUGUUCCUGGUGGCUGGUCUGGUAGCCUGGUUGCAGAACUUGUACUCGUUGACCGAGACUCCCAUGGCUCUAGCCGAGUUCUGA